CUGCGCGACUCCACACAACUUCUCUAUGCUCUGACACGCAAUCUUGAAGACACACACGCAGCCAUCGCACUCUCCUGGAGCUCCUGAGGAACCAGAGGAGGAGGAUCGAGGAACAAUCUGAGUCGGGACGUUUGUGGCGCCAUCGAACUGCUGUGAUGAGGUGGUGGCUGGUGGUGGCCUGUCUGUGGCUGACCGUCGUCCUCGUGGUCACGGAGGCUCAGACCAAGACAAGACAUCGCCACAAGAGGAAGAACGCUGCAGACGGUCGUGGACGAUCCAGAUCUGGCCACUCCAAGUCCCACAAAGUCAGACGAGUUCAUGGGGCCAGGAUUCCACUGCAGACUGGAGACAUGCAAGCAGACACUUUGUUCCUGGAAUCCUACAAGAACUUCCAAGACGAGCGCUUCAGCUACAACGUCAUUCCAGGUAAGCAGGGCCAAUGUGUGUACCAGGGUCUGACCAUGUUCAACCAGGCCGUCUGGUCUCCCAAGCCCUGUCUGACCUGUCUGUGCACCGGCGGGCGAGUGGUUUGUGACCAGGUCUCCUGUCCAAGUCUGCGCUGCCAGGCAUCCUUCACGCCUGUCGGGGAGUGCUGCCCCGUCUGCAUGGAGCCAGACUCCAACCUCAGCCUAGACCUCUCUGGUGACUCCCCAGUGCCCAACGACCCAAGUGAGCCUGUCAAGCCACUGACGCCAGAGGAGAUACAGCGCAUCCUGUGGAGGGAGGAAGAGGAGCACCGGGAGCUAGAGGAGCGCCUGAGGAAACGGGAUGAGGCCAGGAAGAAGAGGAAAAAGGAGAGGAAAGAGCAGGAGGAAAAACAGAGGAAGAUCGUGGAAGAGCAGAGGAGGAUGGAGGAGGAGGAAUUGAGGAGGCAGCUAGAGAAAGAGGAGGAAGAGUGGAGGAGGAAACAGGAGGAAGAUGAGAGGAGAAGGCAGGAAGAGGAAAGAAGAAGACAAGAGGAAGCAAAGGAAAAAGAACUCAAGCUAGAGGAAGAGAGAAGACAAGAAGAAAAUUUAAGAGAGGAGCUGCUGGCACUAGUGGAGGAGGAAGAUGAUAAACAGGAAGAGGAAGAAGAGGUCUGGCUGAGGGGUGACGUCUUUCAGAUGCCUACAAAGGACGAUGAAGAGCCAACAGAGCCAGUUCCCAUACCAGGACCUCCAGAGGUCACAGGGGAGGAGAUGAAGGAGAUGGAAGUGGAUGCAGAAGAGGAGGGAGAUGAAGAGGAAGAGAGGGAAGUGGUUUUUGAGAACAGAGGUGGUCUUCCUCCGGGAUGCGACAUCUCUGACGUCAUGGUGACGUGUGACAACGUGAAACUCACCUACUUCCCUCCUCUUUCCAUUCUGGAGCUCAAAUCUCUCAGUCUGGAAGGAAACAACAUUACCAAUAUUCCAGCAGAAGCCUUCAAUGGCAUCCCCAACUUGGAAUGGAUUAACCUUAAGAAAAACAAACUCACAUCUGCAGGAAUUGAUGCCAACGCCUUUAAGGGAUUGAAGACGCUGAGGCGCCUUUAUCUGGAUGGAAACCUUCUAGAGACUGUCCCCUCAAAUCUUCCUUCCACCCUGCAAGAGCUGAAGAUCAGUGAAAACAGACUGCAGAGGAUUCAUAAAAAUGACUUUCGAGAUUUGGGCGAUCUUGUAAUUCUGGAGCUGGAAGGAAAUCUGCUGAGCGAGAGUAAUGUUGAUCCUCAGGGCUUCUCUCCACUCACCCAACUCUCCUACCUCAGAUUGGGACGAAACCACUUCCGCACAGUACCACAGGGGCUUCCUGGUUCACUGCUGGAGCUUUAUCUGGAGAACAACCUCAUAGAGGAAAUCUCAGAAACAGUCUUCAAUCAAACCCACAUGCUGAAUGUCAUUUCUCUGAGACACAACAGGCUGGAUGAGACCAAGAUCGCCCCGCUGGCCUGGAUCCAGCACAGAAAUAUUGAAUCCAUUGACCUAUCUCACAAUGACUUUUACCUGGUUCCAUCCUAUCUACCCAAAUCUCUGGUGCACCUAGUGCUGGUGAGAAAUAACAUUGAGAGGAUACCUGGUUAUGUCUUCGCCCACAUGGACCCUGGACUGGAGUACCUCUAUCUCUCCUUCAACAAACUUGAUGGGGAGGGAAUUGAACCGGAGUCCUUUUUUGGGGCCUACCACUCCAUGGUAGAGCUUUGUCUCGACCACAACCAGCUGGAGUCUGUUCCAUCGGGCAUCAACGAGAUGACCAACUUACACUUCCUCAGACUCAACAACAACAAAAUACGGAGCAUUCCUGACGAAAGCAUCUGCGACCCCGGCCACAGCGGAGACUCCACUCUGGCGGCUGUGCAUCUGGACUACAACUACAUCGAUCCACUGAAGAUUUCGCCCACAGCUUUCUCAUGUGUUCGCUCUUCUUCAAGUGUUGUCUUAAAACCCCAGAAAACAAAGUGACCCACAUAAGAUGCUUUGAAACCUUGAUGAAAAAGGCACGACACACAAAAUAAUGAAACAAAAUCACCCGAAGUAUGAUAGUCCAUGUGCAUAGAAAACAAUCACUCCUUAAAAUAGUAAUAACAAUAUUGCCUUUUUAUGAACCUUACCACAUGUCUUUCACAUCCUGAACUUGGAGACAAAGUUCUUGCUGAUCAUUGCCCUGUUUAUUUGAUGUGUAUAUAUUUAUGCUGAGAAGGAAACCAUAUUUGAACUGUGUUAGUGAAGAUAAUUCAAUAUUUUGGUGCUUUCUGUUGACUAUAAAGGAAAAUACGCCUUGAAGUACAAAUUUAACUUUUUAGGAAAUUGAGAUGACAGAACGUAUAUUGCAAAAAAGGCAUUUACAUCAAUGAAUCACAAAAGAAUGCAGGAGAAUAUUUAAAUGCUUCAUAACAUCAUUUUUUUAAAGUAGAGUAGGCAUAGCAAAUACACAUUGCAGGCCCCACCACUCGAAGGAUAGAUUAUUCACAGGCUUCUUUCCGUCAGGCAGUUUAUAUAUUUCACAAGAGCUCAUCAAAUGCUGUGCUAAAUGAAUCAUAGUAACUACAAAAGUACAGCUCAAUGGAUCUGUCCCUCCCAGCGCAUAAAAAAACCCCAGCAAAACAAAGACAAUAAACUAUAGAUGAAGAGCUUUACAUCGAUUUAUGAUAUCACAGUCUGACCACUA